UCUACUUCAGUUACACUCAAGAAAGAGUCCAUUUAUUUUCUCGGAAAAAAAGGAAGAUCAUAGAAAAAAAUUCACACUCUUUUAAGUGAAUUAAGUACUUAAGGUUUCAGAUCACUGUCACUGUCACGAAAUUUCAAUUCAUUUUAAGGAGAAAAUGGUCGUCAGCUAAAUCUUUGCUGAUUUUUGUUGUUGUGGUUUUCUUUUUUGGGUUGAUGAAGUUUGUGUUAGGGUUUAUGAGGUGGAGAUCUCGUGGAAUGGUACUGUAGGCGCUGAUCCGUUGUUUCACCGGCCAAACAGUGGUUGCUCGUGGUUCAUUUGUUUGGAGUUAUUUAAUAAAGGUAAAUCAUGGCACAGAGCAAUUGGGAAGCUGAUAAGAUGCUUGAUGUUUAUAUUCAUGAUUAUCUGUUGAAAAGAAAAUUGAUUGCUUCCGCAAACGCAUUUAUGACUGAAGGGAAGGUUGCUACAGAUCCAGUAGCAAUUGAUGCACCAGGAGGAUUCCUCUUUGAAUGGUGGUCUGUUUUCUGGGACAUAUUCAUUGCAAGGACAAAUGAGAAGCAUUCAGAGGCUGCUGCAGCUUACAUUGAGGCACAGCAAAUUAAGGCAAGGGAGCAACAACAGCUACAGAUGCAGCAGCUGCAGCUAUUGCAGCAGCGCAAUGCUCAGUUACAGCGUAGGGAUCCCAAUAAUCCUGCUCUGGGUGGUUCUAUAAAUGCUAUAAACUCUGAGGGAGUAAUGGGGCAACCCUCAGCCAGUGUGCUAGCCAUGAAAAUGUAUGAAGAGCGUAUGAAGCACCCUCACUCGAUGGAUUCGGAGACAUCCCCUGCGCUUAUUGAUGCCAAUAGAAUGGCCCUACUCAAAUCAGCUGCAAAUCCACAAGGCCAGUUGGUACAAAGCAAUUCUGGGAACAUGCCAGCUGCUUUGCAGCAAAUCCAGGGACGAACUCCUUUAACCACUGACAUCAAAAGCGAAGUUAACUUGGGUGCAACUCAGAAAAGUUUGCCUAUGGAUCCUUCAUCAAUUUAUGGACAAGCAAUUUUACAGUCAAAAUCUGGCUUGGGUGGUGCAGGACUGAGUCAAGGUAUUACAGGUCUUCCUUUGAAGGGUUGGCCUCUAACUGGAAUUGACCAAUUACGACCAAACUUGGGUGUACAAGUACAGAAGCCAAAUCUUCAUACCCAAAAUCAGUUCCUUUUGGCAUCUCAACAACAGCAAAUCUUGGCACAGGCUCAGGCACAAAGUAACCUUGGAAAUUCAACGAACUACGGAGAUAUGGAUCCUCGUAGAUUUUUGCCCAGGGGUAGCUUGAAUGCAAAAGAUGGUCAAGCUGCUAGGAAUGAUGGAUCUAUCUGCUCUCCAGUGCUAUCAAGUUCACCAAAGAAUAACAGAAAAAGGAAACAACACUCUUCUUCUGGACCUGCCAACAGCACUGGCACAGGAAACACUGUUGGCCCUUCACCUAGUUCUCCCGCAUCAACUCACACACCUGGUGAUGGGAUUAACACAGCCAGUAGUCUGCAGCAUGUUAACAGCAUACCAAAAAGCUUGAUGAUGUAUGGUCCAGAAGGAACAGGAGGCCUUCCUUCGUCUUCCAAUUUACUGGAUGACUUAGAACGAUUUGGAGAUGUUGGUUCUUUAGAAGAUAAUGUGGAAUCAUUUUUGUCACAUGAUGGGGAAAACAGGAGGGAUCUAUAUGGGACACUAAAGCAGAGUCCUGCAGGGCACCAUAAAGAGUGUUCUAAAGGUUUUACAUUUGGUGAAGUUGGUUGCAUACGGACCAGAAACAGCAAAGUUACUUGCUGUCACUUUUCUUCAGAUGGGAAGCUGCUGGCUAGCGCUGGACAUGACAAAAAGGUUGUCCUCUGGAACAUGGAUACCCUGCAGACAGAGAGUACUCCCGAAGAGCACAAGUUAGUCAUAACAGAUGUUCGUUUUAGACCAAAUUCAUCCCAGCUGGCAACAGCUUCAGUUGACAAAUCUGUGCGAUUAUGGGAUGCAGCCAAUCCAAACUAUUGUUUACAAGCAUAUACAGGGCACAACUCACCUAUCAUGUCCCUUGACUUCCACCCUAAGAAGGAUUUAUUUUGUUUCUGUGAUCAUGACAAUGAAAUUCGCUACUGGAAUAUCAACCCAUUCUCCUGUACUCGUAAUUCCAAGGGAGGUACUGCACAAGUGAGAUUUCAACCAAGAACUGGACAACUGCUGGCAGCAGCAUCAGAAAAAAUAGUUUCCAUCUUUGAUGUCGAAACUGACAGGCAAACACACUCAUUACAGGGACACUCUGAAAUGGUAAACUACAUUUGUUGGGAUGCAAAUGGAGACUAUCUCGCAUCUGUCAGUCAGAACUUGGUGAAGAUUUGGUCGUUAGCUUCAAGCGAGUGUAUUCAGGAGCUUGGCUCUAACGGCAACCAGUUUCAUUCUUGUGUUUUUCACCCAAGUUAUUCAACUCUCUUGGUCAUUGGAGGAAUCUCGUCUUUGGAGCUGUGGAACAUGACUGAGAACAAGAGAAUGACAAUUACGGCACACGAGAAUAUAAUCUCAGCUCUUGCGCAGUCACCCGACACUGGAAUGGUUGCAUCUGCAAGUCACGACAGCUCCGUCAAGCUAUGGAAGUGAAUUUAAGUACUAUGGUGGUAACAUCUUAUAACCUUUGAAAGGCUUUGGUGCAGAAAUCUGGAAGGGGGAAACUCAGUGGCAAAUGUUUCGAGUUCAUAUAUAUGCAGGUGUUUUCAAGUAUAGUAUUAUAGUAAAUAGUUUUAUAGGCAGGGCUUCUUAAAGUAUUAAUAUCAUAUAGUAAUUAUAUCUAAGAUCCUAGUAGAAAAACUCUUUUAUUUUUGGUUGCCGUCGGGUUAGGUCUUUUGUCUAAUGUAAUUUCUUAAGUUUAGUUUCUAUGGUUAAUGAUUUGUGUGCC